GCAAACGUAAACUCCCCUGGCAGACAGAAAAAUGAAGAACUCCAAUUAUGGAUACCACACUCCCAAUAACUGGUUCAAAGUACCCUUCAUCAUUGAUCAAGAGAAGCUGCUUGUUUUUCCUCUCCUUUAUUCUUUUAAUCAUCCUCUUCUUAGGGCUCAUCUCAUUCAUAAUAUUUGUCAUAGUAAAGCCCAAAAAACCUCUUUUUACCAUCCAGAAAACUGACAUAGAAUCCUACAAACUUGAUGUGAUGCUUGAUCAUCAAUCCAACAAUAACAACAACCAAAUUUUCCUUUCAUCCCUUGUUUCUUUUACCUUAAACGCAUCGAACCCGAACAAGUUUGGCAUAAGUUACACAUCGUCAAGGCUUCAUGUCCUUGAAGGGCAAAAUGGGACGGUAAUUGGAAUGAUUAAAAUUCCACGCUUUCAUCAGCCUCCACACAGCAAGAACACAAGCCUGCCAACACAAGUUAUUCUUCAGUGCUUGAACGUGAACGAAAUUAUGGCUCCAACUCCAACUACGCUGGCGGAUGACAAAAAGAAGGAGGACGUAUCCCAAGUUAUGAGGAUUUUAGGCGAUAUUGGAGUUCGAAUCAGGGUAUUUCGCAUCAAUUUGCCAAAGCUUCGGAUUGCCGUGGACUGUGGCAUAAGGAUGGAUCGAAAACAACUUUCAGUCGGUUCCAAAAUGAGAAGACUGAAAGCAACGAAAGAGGUGUCAUGGUCUAAGUAUGCAUCUCUUCCCCAGGUCUCCAAACUCUUCUCCAAGAAAUGCUCCUUUGCACUUUAUUUAUAAAAUUCUUGUAGAAAUUUUUUUUUUUUUUUUUUGAAUGUAGUAUAAUUAAGUCACCAUGAAGAAAAAAACUUAAUUAUCAAUCCG